CCCCGACUCACCCCGCGUCUCCAACGUUGCCACGGGCGCCUUCCAGUUCCGACUCCUAUCCUCCGGCCGCCACCGCACCACCCGGCCCCCCAUGGCCGCCGCCUCCACCUCCACCUCCCUUUCCCUUGGCUUCCCCUCUCUCCUCCGCCCAACUCCCAGAACCCUACCCCAGACCCAGUCGCAACCACCGAACCCCAACAACCCCCCUAAACCCCUCCGCCUCGGCCUAACCCUCGCGCCGCCGGCCGCGGCGCCUCGCCCCGCCGCGGUGCCCGACGGCGUCGCCAUCGCCGACGUCGUGGAGAGGGACUGGUCCUUCCUCGAGCCCGCGGGGGCGGGCGUCCAGCGCGCGCUCGCCGCGGGGGCGCUGUCGCCGUCCUCGCGGGUGCUGGCCGUCACGCCCACGGCGUCCUUCGUGGGCGCGGUGCUCGCGUCCUCGCCCUGCGGGCUCCUGGUGGCCGUGCACGAGUCGCUGUACGUGCUGGCGGGGGUCAAGGAGGCGCACGACGAGGUGAGGUGCUUCCACCUCGAGGGCGGGGGCGGGGGCAGGGGCGGCGGCGUGGUGGAGGCCGUCCCGGAGAGGUUCGACGGCUUCGACGCCGUGUUCGUGUGCUACUUCCCUGGGAUGGGGGUCUCCGCCGCGGCGCUGCUCAAGUCUCUGGCCAAGAGGUGCUCCAAAGGUGCAAGAGUUGUCAUGUUCUUGGAUCAAGACAGGCAGAAUUUUGAACAACACCGGAGAGAGCAUCCUGAUGUCGCAACAUCUGAUUUGCCCAGUAAAUCCUCACUAGAGAAGGCUGCAUCUGGGAACAAGUAUGAAAUAACAGAGUUUGUGGAUGAUCCUACCUUGUACCUAGCUGUUUUGCAAUUUCAAGGAUGAGAAUUUUCGAUAUUUGUAAAGCAAAUCGUGAUUGCUUGUGAUGGCUAGUUCGAGUAUGGCUUAUGUAGUUGUAUCUCUUUGGCCAGCUUGUGUCUAUAAUGCUCUGUUCACUUUGUUUGAGAUCAAAUGAAUCACCAUUCACCAGGGCAAAUCUUGAGCAUAUAAUGCUCUGUUCAUAUAAUAGUUGAUAGGUUUCUUCAAAAAAACAUAUAAUAGUUGAUAUUCUUAAAGCCUGGAUAUUGAUCCAAGCGUUUUUGCGCUCGAGCACGUACAAUGGGGGUACUUAGUGCGGGUGCAUAGCAAAAUAAGUUUUUUCCUUUUCUUUUCUUGCUAUGUUAUCAUCAGGUGUAACAAGAUAUUUAAGUUUGUUCUUAGUGCUUAA